GAUCAAUCACAGCCAAGACUCGUCCACGACACCUUUGGACUUUUGAAAUACUUCUGGCAUGCUCGAGAGCGAUAACCAGCUCCCUCCGACGCACCAUUGACCUUUCAUGUCCAGUAGCCUUAGUUGAUGGUAUUCUGCGUGGUAGACAUCAAUGCUCGUUGCACGAAUAUUUGUUUCAGACACCCACUCGAGGUCAACAAAUCCCAAACUGUUAGACGGAUUGGUGUGACAAAAGACUAUCUUGAAGCUCCUCGUAAGGAAGGACUCGGUGCCACACAAGCUGACUGUUGAUUCGGGUUCUGCGAAGUGCGAAGUGCAAAGAUCAUUGUGUAGUACAGGCCUGGAGAGUUUCCAGACGCUGUCUACUGUAUGACUGAAUUGGCGGACGUAUUCGCAGAGCUGGGUAUCUCUCACUACCUCCACGACUUCCUCGAACAAGGGUUUGAUACCUGGGAGACAAUCCUCGACAUUACAGAGUCGGACUUCGAUGCCUUGGGUGUCAAGCUUGGCCACCGGAGGAAACUUCAGCGGAAAAUCGCCAACUCGAGAGGCUUCUCUUCGGAUCGAGCAUUAGCUUCGCCUCGAAAUACACCAACAGAUGACAGGCAACCAGACGAGCUGAAAGCAGGCAACAUAAAAGCUGAGAGCAAGGAUGGAAGCGGUAUAUCCCAUGGCGCAAAGAGAAAGUAUCGACGACAUCCAAAGCCUGACGAAAAUGCACCCGAGCGACCACCUUCUGCAUAUGUCAUUUUUUCGAAUAAGAUGCGCGAAGAACUCAAGGGAAGAAAUCUGUCUUUCACAGAGAUUGCCAAAUUGGUGGGCGAAAACUGGCAGAAUCUCUCCCCCGCAGAGAAGGAGCCUUAUGAACAGCAGGCCUUUUCUGCAAAGGAGAAAUAUAACAAUGAACUCACCGAGUACAAGAAGACGGAAAACUACAAGGAAUAUUCGCAAUACCUAGCGGAGUUCAAGGCGCGGCAUUCAACAACACAGCAAGCAAAUGACUCCGAUGCAGCCAAAAGACCAAAGCUCGAGGCACAUGCGAGUGCGGUGAGCAGUGGCAGCAGUGCUACAAGUCAACAUGGUGGUGAUACACCCAUUGGUCGCAUGCGUGUAGAAUCAUCCGCUUCAAUGACUGGCCAAUGGCAUCCCUCGGAAGGACAGACCUCACCUCAGUUAUCCAACAUGCCCAAACUAUCAGUUGCGCUUGGAGGUCCAAAGCCGCAGGUCUCGCCAAGUGCGCCAUCUCCAACCGUACUCCCCGGAUAUCGCGACUCUCUCUAUGGAUCUCAUCAGCAGCUUCACCCUUGGAGAGAAGGUCAGCGAGACGAUACUCUAACCAACCAUCAGCAGCUUCCCCGAUUGUCCAGCGUCACGGACGGACGAUCAACGUUGUCUGGAACACAAGCUGCCGAUCCACGCAACCUCACUGGAUCCCAACAGCAUGCCCAUCGUUCAGCACAGGCACAAAGUCAUCCUCCUCCAUUGUUGACCUCUGAGUCGACGAAUAGGUCGACUACUUCUUCAGCCAGCACAGGAUCCUCUGCUUUUUUUACUCCUCGCACGCCUCUGGAGCCUCCACUCGAACGCUCCCUUCCCAUACCAUCACUUUACUCGCAGAAAUCGUAUGAGAAUCAAUUACCACCUCUGCGACCCCCAUCUCUAUCCCCUCAAUCGACCUUGGUAACCACGCAGCAAUCUCCAAAUCCAAUUCAUGCCAUUGUUGACUUGCAACCUUCGAUUCCACCGAUCCGCGGCUAUGGAUCCGCGCAGCCACAAGGUGCUCUCACUACCCGACCUGAUCCCCGACUUCGAGAAUAUAUUUCGAAUUCUGUCGACGAUAACAACUUAGAUCCGGUGAGCGCAUUGCUGCGGGCGGGAGAGAUCGUCGACAGAGGCGAUAGGAACAACGGUGGCCCUCCGGGGCCAUAAAGCCAUAUUUAAUGUGCAAAACUUCGGCCGCGUCAGUACACGAAAGACAACGCCGCUUCAUUCCAAUGGAAAGGUGAAUAAAGGGUCAUUGCUAUAGGUGGUCAUACUGUAGUGCUCAAGAAACGGACCUGGCGCUUGGAGUUCAGGUGGUGUAAACCAUGGUAUGAUGAGAUUCCCCAGAUCUGUUUGUUUAUCUACCCAGAAUAGGGGCA